GCUCUAACACACACAGGCUCUUGUUUUCUGGAAUCAGAUACCGAUCGAUCGAUUUCGAGAUUUUCUUUCAUCGUCUCCACCCAAACCAAACGAAAAUGCAGGCCAUGAGGGAUACCGUCUCAAACAUUGCCGACUCGGCCAGGGCCGGGGUGGACAAGACCAAAGAACAGGUGAGCAGGAUGACCGGUACCGGCGAUAAUCAGCAGCAGCUGGAUGAUAGCAACACCGGUCUGGCGUGUGGAGACGACGGCCUAGGUGCAGGGUUUGCAGGGAAUGAGGCCAACGCGGGCUGGUCAAACACGGGGGGAGACAACAAGGGGUCGAAUUACGCCGGGGCAGUUGGCGGAGACGCCGGUGCUGGAACUGGAUACGAUUACACCGCCGGAACCAACGCAGGGGCUGGGCUGGAUGACACGGGAGCUGGACUUGGGGGCGGAAACACCAGGACUGGAACUGGGUACGGGAACCCGACCGGAACCAACAUGGGACUGGAUGACAGUGGAGCAUCUAGAGUUGGUGGCGGAGCCGGAGAUACCGGGACUGGAACUGGGUACGGGUACCCGACCGGAACCAACAUGGGACUGGAUGACAGUGGAGCUGGAGUUGGUGGCGGAGCCGGAGACACCGGGACUGGUACAGGGUACGGGUACCCGACCGGAACCAACAUGGGACUGGAUGACGGUGGAGCUGGGGUGGGUGGCGGUAGCGGCGGAAACAAUGCGACCGGAUACGGGGCCAGCGGGACUUUCCGUUAAACGUACGGUUGAGUCAUCUGCAUGUAUGUUUACGUGGUAAUAUCUUUUAGUUUGUUGGGUGUUUCGUGAUCAUCCACCUCACCCCUUUUAAAUAAUGUGUUUUGAGUUUAUUCUCAAUUCUCAAUUCUCACUAUAAUAAUGUAAUGUGUUGGGACGACUCUAGAGGAUAUC